GGUCAGAAGCAAGAGGUGAGGGAGGGCAGAUGUAGGGAAAGCGGGCAGCUGAGCCUUCCCUGAGUCUUUUGCCCACAGAUGUUUUCUUCUGGCUCCCUGAGCCAGCUAGUGCUUGUCUCAAGCCUACUGUCAGUCUUUCAAGAAGCCCCACCCACUGGGCCCGUUCAAGGCAGGGCUGAAAAUGUGUCACAGCUUUCCCUGGGAGCCCAGCCUACUGCCAGGAAAGGUGAGCUCAGAAGACUUCUGAGGCAGAAGCCAGACUGCUCUCCGGCUGAUCUCCUACGAACACCCCAGACCUCCGCAGCUCUAGGAGUCGAUACACCUGCAGCAGAUGGAGGCCCCACAGCUGUCUGAAGCCAUGUUGACCCUCAGUCUGCUCGUGCUGGGUCUGCUCAUCCAAGUGGCACCGGCCAGCUGUCAGCAAGGUCUAGGGAACCUUCAGCCCUGGAUGCAAGGCCUCAUUGCUGUCGCUGUGUUCUUGGUCCUUGUUGCAAUCGUCUUCGCUGUCAACCACUUCUGGUGCCAGGAUGAACCGGAACCUGGGAGCACGGUGAUGAUCAUUGGAAACAAGGCAGAUGGGGUCCUGGUGGGAAUGGAUGGCAGAUACUCCUCAAUGGCGUCUGGUUUUAGGUCCAGCGAGCACAAGAAUGCCUUCGAGAAUGCUCUGGAGGAAGAGGGCAGGGUCCGCAGCACACCCAUGUGACAAGCUCCUCUGUGGCCCUAGUCUCCAGGCUCCGGGGAAUCUAGAGCUGCUGUCCACCAUCUCAGCCACUGCUCUACAGGAAUCUAUUGAAACAAGCUGAUCCUCUCACCUCUCUUGAAUCACAGCCAUCUCAGGCUAGGACUCAGACCAAGCUGAGCACAGCAUGUGCUGUGGCCCUGGGCUUUCCUGGGGUCUUCUACCCAGUUCUGAGGAGCCUUGUAAAGAGAUGCCUGGCUCAGCUCCUCCCCUCCCCGUUCCUCCUGCAACUAUGGAAGUGGCUCUUAUUUCUGUGAAAUAAAGACUUUUUAUACUUCUCGGGUGGAAGCCUGACCCAGCUUCCAAGCUUUAAGCAA